AUGGUAAAACUGAAUUCACAGAAAGAAAUGCAACGGUUCAUUGCUGAACUGAACUCUAGAGAUCCUUCGUCGUGGUCAGCUACCAAUCCACAUUUUGCGCAGCCCAACGUGUAUAAAGAUUUGGGGAGAAGAUUCGUCCCACAAUAUCCUUAUACGGAGGCAACGCCAGAACUUCUGCUCUCAUUAGCAAAGCAAGCCUCGCUUUGGACAAGUUCCGACUUGAACAAUGCUUAUAAUAAGCCAAGACACAAUCAGAAGAACAUAUUGAGAAGCGGUAAUUAUUGGGAUGGUUUCUGGAAAGAAGAUACGGAUCCCAAGAUUCUGUUAAGAUCAAAUGAUAAACUUGAAAUGGUAAAUAAAGAAGAGGAAAUUGCUGAUGAUUUGACCCCACAAUUGGCAUCGCCAGAAAUUGUCCUAGCGUUAGCCAAGCAAGCAGCAAUUCUAGAAGCAUCUAAACCUGUAAAUCCGAGCGAAGAUAUCGUUCAGAAAAACAUUUUAAGGAGUGGGAAUUAUUGGAACGAUUUUUGGAAAGAAGACGUUAGUGAUGGUACGAACAUUUUGCGAUCCAACAAAAAAAUCAACCUGAAAACCAUUAAGAUUAAAAUCACGCCAGAAGAUGACGAGUACGAGGCUAUAAUGAAAUUGAAGAAAAUAUCACCGUAUUUAAUUUACGCGGUAAAUAAUAAAAAAACAUACUAA